AUGCACCACACUUUUACCCAUCACGAUCCGAAUUGGGCAGGCGACGAUGUGGACUUCAGCCAUGUCGAUGAGAAAGCCGUGCUCCGGAAAAUGGACCUGCGAUUGCUCCCCAUGCUUGCGCUCUUGUACCUUUUAAGUUUCUUGGACCGAGGAAAUAUUGGAAAUGCGAAGAUUGAGGGCCUCACGGAGACAUUGCAUAUGACCGGACCGCAGUAUAAUUGGUGUUUGACUGUAUUCUUCUUCACUUACUGUGCAUUUGAAGUGCCCAGCAAUCUGAUGUUGAAGCGCCUUCGUCCUUCAAUAUGGCUGCCAAGUAUCAUGGUUGCUUGGGGAACUGUGAUGACACUGAUGGGUAUCGUUCAGUCGUACCACGGCCUGCUUAUUGCCCGAAUAUUCCUCGGUGUUACUGAAGCUGGUCUAUUUCCUGGAGUGGCAUACUAUAUUACAAUGUGGUAUUGCCGCAAAGAGGGUCAACUCCGACAAGCUUUGUUUUUCAGUGCUGCAAGUAUCGCCGGUGCCUUCUCGGGUCUGCUAGCAUUUGCUAUUGCAAAGAUGGAUGGAGUUGGAGGCUUGGAAGGCUGGAGAUGGAUUUUCAUCCUCGAGGGUAUUGCAACUGUUCUGAUCGCCAUCUCAGCAUACUUCGUCCUAUUCGAUUUCCCAGAUACAGUUUCCUUCCUCACCAUCGAAGAACGGGCAUGGGUGGUACAUCGACUCAAAUAUCAAGGUUCUGAAGGCUCUGGUCAAAUGGUUGCCGAGACUGAUUCCUUUCACUGGGACUUUGUGAAGGCUGCCUUCACUGACUGGCAAAUUUACACGGGUUUAUUAAUGUACUGGGGAAUCGUCUGUCCACUUUAUGGGAUCGCGCUUUUCCUCCCAACCAUCAUCAACGAGCUCGGCUAUGUGUCAUCAACAGCGCAACUUCUUACCGUCCCAAUAUAUAUCACCGCCGCCUGCCUGACUAUCGUCACGGCAUGGUACUCUGAUCGCUCGAAAGUCGGCCGAGCAUUCUAUAUAUUCAUCCCAAUGUGCGCAAUCCUGAUCGGCUUCAUCAUCGCCAUAGCAGCUAGUGCCCACGGCCAUCUCCCCGGCCUUGUCUACGCCGGAGUAUUCAUCGCAACCUGUGGAAUCUAUCCCGCGUUCCCUGGUAACAUUUGUUGGAUGUCGAACAAUCUCGCUGGUAGCUACAAAAGAUCUGCUGGCAUGGCCAUUCACAUUGGAGCAGGAAACUUGGCUGGUGCUAUGGCCAGCAAUUUUUACCGGGCUAAUGAUAAGCCGAAGUAUAUACUUGGGCACGCGUUCGAGAUCGGCUUCGUUUCUGUGGGGAUGAUUGCCGUGUUGGUUUUGAGGUGGAAGUAUGCGAGAAUAAAUGCUCAGAGGGAUAGAGAGGGGAAUGAGAAGGGUCACAGUCUCAAGGAGAUGAGUGAAAUGGGGGAUAGAGCACCGACGUUCAGAUAUAUACUUUGA